GGCAUGAGCGACGGAGGCGCAUUGAGCGGUUGCGGUAAGUGUGGACGUCUCUGUAAGUGUGACGCUGUCAUGGCAGCGUUCAAAGGCAUCUGGACUCAAACCUUCUGGAAAGCAGUUUCAGCAGAAUUUUUGGCAAUGUUCAUAUUUGUCCUCCUGAGCCUUGGCUCCACAAUCAACUGGGGUGGAGCUGAAAAACCUCUACCUGUAGACAUGGUCCUUAUUUCUCUCUGCUUUGGACUCAGCAUUGCCACAAUGGUGCAAUGCAUUGGGCACAUUAGUGGUGGCCACAUUAACCCUGCUGUGACUGUUGCAAUGAUCUGCACGAGGAAGAUCAGCCUUGCAAAAUCGGUCUUCUAUAUUGCAGCCCAGUGCCUGGGGGCCAUCACAGGGGCAGGGAUUCUCUACCUUGUUACUCCCCAGAGUGUGGUCGGGUCCUUGGGAGUCACCUUGGUACACAGAGACCUUUCCGCUGGCCAUGGACUACUGGUGGAGUUGAUAAUUACAUUCCAGCUGGUUUUUACUAUUUUUGCCAGCUGUGAUUCAAAACGAAGCGACAUCUCUGGUUCAGUAGCAUUAGCAAUUGGAUUGUCGGUUGCAAUUGGACACUUAUUUGCUAUCAACUACACAGGUGCCAGCAUGAAUCCUGCUAGGUCAUUUGGACCUGCAGUUAUCAUGGGAAAAUGGGAACACCACUGGAUAUAUUGGGUAGGACCAAUUAUAGGAGCAGUCCUUGCAGCUGCCCUUUAUGAAUACAUCUACUGUCCUGAUGCUGAGCUCAAGCGCCGUUUCAAAGAGGCCUUCACUAAAACAAGCCAGCAGUCCAAGGGGAAAUACAUAGAAGUCGAAGACACCAGGAGCCAGGUGGAGACAGAUGAUUUGCUCUUGAAGCCUGGAAUGGUCCAUGUCAUUGACAUUGAGAAGGGUGAAGAUAAGAAGGGAAGAGACCCAACAAAUGAGGUGCUGUCAUCUGUAUGACUAGCAAGGAGCACUGAAAGCAGAGAACAGCCUACUAGCUUGCCCACAGAUAGCCUUCCACCCAUAAAAGAGACAGAUUUGCUGUAAAUUAGGCCCCUACCUCAUCAUAAAAUUAUAGGAAGAAAGUAGCAAUUAGUUGCUCUAUCAGACCACAACCCCAUUAUGUUGAAAUGGUAUCAAUUAACUAUAUUAAGUGACCCUCCUCGAUUAUUUUAAAUUAAGAAACAUCCUUUUGCCGAUGACGUUAGAGGGAAUCCGUCUGUUCCUUCUCUGUCCCAAGUAAAUUUUAGAAGAGGCAUACAUUUUAAUGCAGGCAAUUCCAAGUAGGAAAUAGCAGUCAUUGACAGUCAGAUUGACAGAUGAGACUUCCCUGAAGAUGCCUAUAGAGACAGAAAGCAGUGUCUAUCAGAUUGUUCUUCUGACACUUAAUUGCCUGUUGUCAAUCCUGAUUAGAAUUUUAGUGACAAUGAAAAGCUCAUAGACAGCAAGGCCAACAUAGAGGACACAAAACUCCUUCAGAUCAUUGGCUUUUUAUGUCCUGUUCUAAAACAGCCAUUCUGUCAACUUUUUAGAAUUGAUGCUACCUCUGGGGGUCAUUCCUUACAUUAAAUUCCAUAGAUUGUGCCUUCACUUUGUAUUUAAAAAAUCCUUCUGAUCAUAACUAAUAAUAUUGAAACUGAAGAGUUGUUAAUGAUGAUGCUGAAGGAAAUCAUCACUUUAUUAUCCCUCCUUUAAAACGUUUUCAUGAAAUUUCAGUUUUUAUAACAUAACAUUGGUAGAUUUUUCAGGGCUUACAAAGAAAAAGGAAAGUUUGUAUUUUAUCAGUAUUAGAAGUAAAAGAUGAUGGGCACAAUUCCACCAAAUUUAAGCACUCUGCAGUUCAAUCCUAAAAACACUUUCCUGGGAGUAGUCCAGAGUAGAAUUUUGAGUAAAUACCCAAAUAUUAUAAUGGGAAAUACUUAGGCAUAUGCUUAACUGUCCCAUUAAGUAAAUGGAAUUUCAAAGUGCUUCACUAUGGAUGGAGACUAUCCUGAAAGUAUCUGUGUAUCAGAAGAAAAAUGAAGGCUAAUCUGUUUUCAGUGCACUUAUCCAAUAAAAAAGUUAUUGUGCCAAGUUUAUGUAACUGAAAUGUUAAACUUCUCUACUGUGCUCACAAUGUGAUUUUUUAUUUAUAGCAAACAGGCAUUUAUUAAUAAUUUAAAAUACUGGCUGUGAAAUACUUCGGCAGAUGAUGCAUUGCUUUUGACUGUUUUGUGGAUAACAAGCUUUGUCUUAGAGCUGCUUCAAACGCUACAGAUUUCCUACACCGAAAUUUGUUCCAUGCAGAAGAAUGUGUACACCAUAUGUGGUAGUUGUUCGGGUACAUCUGUUCCACCCUCUGUACAUUCAUUGUACAUGUGCUGUAAAGCCACAGCUAACAAAGGCAGGUGCAAUUGUCCCAACAAAAUCUAUGAAGCAGUUGAGCGGAAUCUGAAUUUUCAAUGCAUUAGGAAGCAGUAACAUGCAAAAGCUUGCAACAUUUGUCUGUACAUGUUGCUGAACAGCAAGCUGCCAUUUAUGAACUUUAAAUGCUUUUGGUCAAAAAGGAGUAACGUUUACACUUUCCAAAUAUCAACAGAAUUGAUUUCUAUAAUGGCUGAAGUAUAGUCUGUGCAGAAACCAUCCAUUUAGAAUGGUUUGUUAAUGUGUAUCUUAUGUAUCAGCAAGUACCUUCUGAUUUAUGGCAACCCAUAUGUGACAUAAAUGCAAAACCAUUCCAAACACAUCUAAUCCAAUAACAAAUGGUAAUAACCAGGGCUUUUUUUCCCAGCCAGAACGCAGCAGAACUGCAUUCCGGCACCUCUUGAAAAUACCCAUGUGACAUGGGUAUUCGGCCAAAAUGGUUGAAAUGGGCCUGAAACAGCCAGGAUAGGGCAGCUGUCAGGUGGGGGAGGGUUGCCCUGUGUGGCAGAGGCCCGU